AUGAUUAUAUUGGCACUUGGGUGGACAAGUUUACUGCUCGCUGCUGACAGCUGGGCCACGCCUCAAUAUGAUGGACGUAUUGUGGGCGGUCAGGUGACAGACAUACGCAAUUUCCCAUACCAGGCUUCUAUACAGCUGAAUGGUCAGCAUAUCUGCGGUGGUGCCAUUAUCGGAGAUUACUUUAUAUUAACCGCUGCCCACUGUUUUGAAGAGCCUUGGUCGGAGCUGGACUACAGCGUGCGGCUGGGCUCAACGGAGCAUGCAACUGGCGGUGAGUUGCUGAGCUUGCAUCAGAUCAUACGUCAUGGAGCCUACAAUCCGCAGACACAUGAUAAUGACCUGGCACUGUUGCUACUCAAUGCACGGCUCAACUACACGGAGGAACUUCAGGCGGUGCCGCUGGUCACCGCACAGGAUGCACUUACCUCUGACACGCUGCUCCACGUGAGUGGCUGGGGAUUUCAGAGCGAGCACGGCGAUGAGGGGGUGUCAGCAGCUCUGCGCUUUGUGGAUGUGGCUCAUGUGGAGCCAGGUAUUUGUCGGCGUGCUUAUACCAAGGUGCUACCAAUUACCCAGCGCAUGCUCUGCGCUGCCAGCGAUGGUCACGACAGUUGCCAAGGUGACUCCGGUGGUCCGUUGGUCGGCUAUCAGCCCGGCAGCACACAGGGCAAGCUUUACGGCAUCGUUUCCUGGGGCCUCGGCUGUGCAAAGCGCGAAUAUCCGGGCGUAUACACGAGUGUGGCGUCAUUUAGGACUUGGAUUGAUGCCCAGUUGGGCGCCUGGGGUUGGAAUACGCUGCUCGCGGGUUGGAGUGGCUUGCAAAGACUCAGUUAGAAUUAAUAACGAGUAUCUCAACAUUAAAAUUGAUCAAUUUAAAAAUA